AUGACUAGGGCUAUUCGGAAUAGGGUGCUCAAAGAUGCCAAUGGUGAUAUUAGUGAUCAUUUACGCAACCAUAUUCAUUUAACAAAUUGUAUUCACUUGAAGAACCAUAUGCAUAAAAACAGUCCAAUACUUACUGAUAGGUCUAUUAUGAGAGACCUUGUUGUGCUUCAAAGGUCGCGUUCUCUUCGGGAUCCUUCUGCGAGUCCUCCGUCAUGGCAUUCUCCUUCUGUGGUUGACUUGCUUUUCAAAAGGGCAGAAAAUGAUGCUGUGAAUCAAGGGGGGAGAAGGUCGGUAGGUGCUGAUAGUCGGAAGGAAGGUAGGAGAUUGUCUGGAAUUGGAAACUCGCCACCGUUGGUGAGUAGAGGUACAUCAAGGGUUGCUCCAGGUGAGGCUAGUAGGGGUAAUGAUGCAGUUCCGGCAGCAACUAGUGAGCGAAGUAGCAGGAGUGGGAUAGGGGAUGGGAGGAGAGUUGGGAGAGAAGAAUCUGGCAGGAAGAGUAAUAGGCCUGAUAAUUUGGAAGUUAUCAGUCAAGAGCAGCUUCUUCAUGAGGCUGGCAAAAGUUUGGCCGAAGAUAUUGUUUCGAGGCAUUCUCAAUCUUUGGAGAGAAAGAGUAGACAGCGGGGAAAGAAUGUUCGAGAAGUUCAAGUUAAGACUCUUUCUGAACAGCUGAAUGAUGUUCCUUUGGAUAGUGAUGAUUUGGCAUCAUCAAACAUUCAUUUCCGGGCAAGGUUUCCAAGACAAGAGAAGAUUGUUGAGGCACAACAAGCCAGCAUGCGCAAUCAUGGAAAUGGAAUGAAUAGGACAAAAAGGCGUAAAUUUCGAAGUGCGAGAAGAGCUCGGGUUGCUACAACGUCAAGAGAUAUUGGAGCCGAGAAUGAAUUGUCUGUGGCUUCAAACUCAUUAGCUGAGGGUUCAGCUCACCAGAAAUAUCACUCGGAGGAGGUCAAUGAUUAUGCAAAUGAUAAUGUUACUAGAGCACCAAAAAAUGGCUGUGGCAUGCCUUGGAAUUGGUCCAGAAUUCAUCAUAGAGGUAAAUCUUUCCUCGACAUUGCUGGAAGAAGUUUGUCCUGUGGUUUAUCUGACUCAAGGUUAAAGAAAGGGACGUCUUUAGCUUCAAACGGAAGAAACAUUUCUGUGAUGCCUGUGGCUGCUGACGGCUCUACCUCAUGUACUAACUCUGAAGCAGAGGCACUGCCUUUACUAGUUGACGCAUCUGGAUCUCAUGGAAGCACUGAAAAUGCUUGCUGGGGCCGUGGUUAUUCAGGCGAACUAUGUAUUUAUGGUGACAAUUUAUUGAAGCAAGAUAUCGAUUCAGAUCUUGCUUCUGAAGCUAGAUCUGGUAGCCAACAUAAUAAGUUGAGACGGAAUCAUCAUAGUAGACACCAAAGUUUAACACAAAAGUAUAUUCCACGGAGCUUUAGAGAUAUGGUUGGACAGAAUUUAGUCGCACAAGCUCUAUCAAAUGCAGUGAUGAGACGGAAAGUUGGAUUGCUGUAUGUGUUUUAUGGCCCCCAUGGAACCGGGAAAACGUCAUGUGCUCGCAUAUUUGCAAGAGCUUUGAAUUGCAGUUCUUUAGAACACCCAAAACCUUGUGGCUUUUGCAAUUGUUGCGUAGCACAUGAUAUGGGAAAGAGUAGAAAUAUAAGGGAAGUUGGUCCAGUCAGUAAUUUUGACUUUGAGAACAUCAUGGAUCUACUCGACAAUAUGACUGUUUCCCAGCUUCCAUCGCAGUACAAAGUGUUUAUUUUCGAUGAUUGUGAUACUCUAUCGGCUGAUUGUUGGAAUGCUAUAUCCAAGGUCAUUGAUCGAGCACCUAGACGUGUGGUUUUUAUCCUUGUCAGUACUAGUCUUGAUGUCUUGCCUCAUAUAAUAAUAUCCAGGUGUCAAAAAUUCUUUUUCCCAAAGUUGAAGGAUUCGGAUAUUGUAAAUACACUGCAGUGGAUUGCAACCAAAGAAGGUCUCGAUAUUGAUAAGGAUGCCCUGAAACUCAUCGCAUCAAGGUCUGACGGAUCAUUGAGAGACGCUGAGAUGACACUUGAACAACUUAGUUUGCUUGGGCAGAGAAUAUCCGUUCCUCUUGUUCAAGAAUUGGUAGGGCUUAUCUCUGAUGAAAAAUUGGUGGAUCUGCUUGAUUUGGCAUUAUCCGCGGACACGGUAAACACUGUAAAAAAUUUGAGAGUGAUAAUGGAAGCAGGAGUUGAACCAUUAGCUUUGAUGUCACAGCUUGCUACAGUCAUUACAGAUAUACUUGCUGGGACCUAUGAUUUUGCUAAAGAAAGGCGAAGAAGGAAGUUCUUCCGAAGACAACCAUUGUCCAAAGAAGACAUGGAAAAGCUUCGUCAAGCUCUGAAAACUUUAUCUGAGGCGGAGAAGCAAUUAAGAAUGUCUAAUGACAAGCUAACCUGGUUGACAGCUGCGUUGCUUCAACUUGCUCCUGACCAGCAGUAUGGGCUGCCGACUUCAUCUGAUAAUAGUUUUCACCAUAGUCCCUUUGCUCUAAAUAAUGGAAAUGUGAAAGAAGCUACUAGAAACACCGGUAAACCUGUUGAAGUUCCUAACAGAACAAGACGAUUAUCAAUAGAUGCUAGAAUGGAAAAUUCUAAUGCUGGAAAUUCAACAGAUAGAAGACACAGCGUUUCUGGUUUUGCUACUCAACAUACUUGUUCACAUUCCACUGACAAGACUAGGAUAAAUGAAAGGCAGAAUUUGGAUAAAAACCGCAAAGAAAUCGAAGAGAUAUGGUUAGAGGUGCUAGAGAGGAUUAACUAUCCUGGUCUCAAAGAGUUUUUGUAUAAAGCAGGAAAGCUGAUCUUCAUUAGUUUUGGGGCAGCUCCAACUGUGCAACUAAUGUUUAACUCUCAACUUUCAAAAUCUACGGCUGAGAAGUUCACUGGUCACAUUUUACAAGCAUUUGAAGCUGUCCUUGGAUCUUCUGUAACCAUAGAAAUUAGAUGUGAAUCAAAUAAAGAUGCAGACUUGCCUCUUGUAUUACCCGCUACCAAUGACGGUUCAUCUCAAAUACGAGACUUAAUUGAAAUUGGCACUGAAAAGAGAAGGGGUGAAAUUGUUGAAGAAGAAGAAGAAGCCUCUCAUAUGGAGCACAAGAAUAUUAGACAAGUGUCAACGUCUCAAAAAACACCGAUUGUUAUGUCACAUAGUCAAAGUCGAAGUCUUGUAAGAAGUAAGGUAUCUCUUGCUCAUGUAAUCCAGCAAGCAGAAAGUCAACGAAGUGGGUGGUCAAAACGUAAAGCAGUUUCUAUUGCUGAAAAGCUCGAACAAGAGAAUCUGAGACUGGAGCCAAGAUCAAGGAGCUUGCUAGGCUGGAAAGCAUCUAGAGCAACUCGCCGGAAGCUGUCGCGCUUGAAAAUACGAACCCGAAAAACACGUGCGUUGCUGAAUCUUAUCUCAUGUGGGCAAUGUCUCUCCACAAAAUCUCCCAGGUAG